CCGCCCUUCCCCGGCCGUUCCCUCGCCGCGAGCGGGGACCGCAGGCAGCUGAGGCCGGGCGUGCGCGGUGCCAUGGAAGGCGGCUGGCGGGCGGACGCGGCGGGAGCGGAGACGCUGGCCGGCUGAGGCCCAGGCAUGCGGAGUCCCGGCGGGAGCCUGCUCCACACGCUGCCCCGGGCCUUGCAGCACUCCGAUCGGCUGGGCGGCGCGGAGCAGCCGGGCCGCUGGGCACCGGAGCGGACGGCGGGCGGGGACUGCCCCGAGGACCGCCUUCCCCGCGGGGGCGGGGCCAGCGCGGCGGCGGCGGCGGCGGCGGCCUCGGGCGCCCUGCUCGGCGCCUAUCUGGAGCGCCACGGUCCGCCCGCGGCCUCGGACUUGCCGGCGCCUGCCGGGGCGUUGGCGGGCGGCCCGGGGAGCGGCUGCGUGGUGGUCGGGGUGGCCGAGGUGAGAAACUGGCGGUGCUGCUGCCUCGGCAGCACCUGUUGGUGCCGGAGCCUCGCGCUGGUGUGCGUGCUGGCCGCCCUGUGCUUCGCUUCCCUGGCCCUGGCCCGCCGCUACCUGCAGCACCUCCUGCUCUGGGUGGAGAGCCUCGACUCGCUGCUCGGUGUCCUGCUCUUCGUCGUGGGCUUCAUCGUGGUCUCCUUCCCCUGUGGCUGGGGCUACAUCGUGCUCAACGUGGCGGCCGGCUACCUGUAUGGCUUCGUGCUAGGCAUGGGGCUCAUGGUAGUGGGCGUCCUCAUCGGCACCUUCAUCGCUCAUGUGGUCUGCAAGCGGCUGCUCACCGCCUGGGUGGCCGCCAGGAUCCAGAGCAGCGACAAGCUGAGCGCCGUUAUCCGCGUCGUGGAGGGGGGAAGCGGCCUGAAGGUGGUGGCGCUGGCCCGGCUGACUCCCAUACCUUUUGGGCUUCAGAAUGCAGUGUUUUCGAUUGCUGAUCUUUCCUUACCCAACUAUCUCACGGCAUCUUCAGUUGGACUGCUUCCCACUCAGCUUCUGAACUCUUACCUGGGUACCACUCUGCGGACAAUGGAAGAUGUCAUCGCAGAACAAAGUGUUAGUGGAUAUUUUGUCUUUUGUUUACAGAUCGUUAUAAGCAUAGGCCUCAUGUUUUAUGUCGUCCAUCGAGCUCAAGUGGAAUUGAAAGCAGCUGUCGUAGCAUGUGAGAUGGAACUGAAAGCCUCCCUGGGUAAAGGCAGUCAGCCAGAUCCCAGUGGCCCUUCCUUCUACAGCAAGAGGACCCUCACGUUUUCUGGAGGUGGAAUCAAUAUUGUAUGAUUCUUACAAACUGUGAUUGUCAGCCUCGUGUGCUCUGUAGGCCUACAGUCACUUACCCAGUGGCAGAUGCAAGUGCUGUCGUGUUAUGGCACAAACAAAACUGACUAGUUUUUAAAUUGCACAAUUUUCUAAAAGCAAGAAUCAUUUUCUGGGUCUGUAAAUGUAAACGUAGACGCAGCUUUGGCUGCCCCUUGUUAUACCUGUAAUGCCUAUAGGUCUGCACUUUAGUAUUAUUGAAUUGUUUUAUUGCUGGGACUUAUGAACAGAGAAAUAACCCAAAUAUUUUUUUUUCUGUUUAGUAUCUUUAUUUAUAAAGCCAUGAAUAGUUAUGCAUCUGUCUUUAAAGAUGAGGAAAAGGAUGCAGUUCUCAAUGUUAUCGUUGUUGGAUGUUCUUUGCUUAGGCAGUCUUCCCAGAAGGGGUAAACUGUAUUUUUUUAGUUUUAGUUUUUCUUCUGUUUUUGUGUUGCUGUUGCCUUGUUUGUAGGACAACUUGGCUUCAUUUUCUUUGCUUGUAAGAAAAUAUAUGUAUUUCAGUUGAAUGUAUGUUAUCAAGCAUUAUGUCAUGGUGGACCUUUUACACCUUCCUUUUUCAUACAAGCUUAAAUCCUACAUUGUGGGACUGAAGUGCUCUUAAGAUUCCUGUUUAUUUUCACUGUGUAAUAUGCAAAGCGAAAGGGAACUCACUUAGUGGAACCCACAUUCUUAUUUGAUUAUAUUGGUUUUACCCUUUAGACCUCAUCAAAGGGCUGUCUGAUAGCACUCUUACUAAACCAUUUUCCCUUUUUAUAACAAUAAUUAGGCUUUGAAUAAGUAUUUUAUUCCUACAAAAUGGUGGGCUUACCGUCUCUGAAGUUGUCAUUCAGGUGGCCUUGUUAAAAAGAAACAAGCUUUAAAAUCAUGUUUAUAGUUCCAUUAAAGUACUUAUAUAUUUGUUCCCAUAGUCUUCAGCUUUAAAACUAUAAACAUAAUAUUAACAAAAUGCCCAUGUUUGUGUUAUCUGCUGUGUUACUGAUUUUUUUUUGGGGGGGGUGUGCAUUGGUAUUCCUUUUCCCUGACGAGACUCAGGAAUUCUGAAAUGUGAAAUUGUCUUAAUUCUUUUUCUUGUAGCACUUAGGACUCUAGAAUAUAAUAGUCCAACAUGAUUCAUAUGGCGUGCAUUUGUUAAUCAGCUUUAUUUUUAAAAUAGUUUAAUUGCAAACUUAAUGGUCAGUUGAUUUUAUUUGUUCCAAAUGAGAUUGUAGAGAUACGGUAACAUUUUCUUUUAAGUACUUCCUUUUUCUGGCUUUCCCGACUUCCUGGCUUUCUCCUGCCUUCUCCUUGCAGUAAAACCUUUGCCCUGGUUACUGCUGACCUAUAGUAAUCCUUUGCAAACAGACUGUUCUAGUCUUACCCUAGAGAUGAAUUUGAUCAUGUUCAUAUAUAAGAAUUUUGCCCUGUUCAGGUUGUUUUCCUCCGCUUACUGAUGGUAAAUUUCUUUGCCUUUGAAUAGCAGUAGAAGACCAGAGUAACUGUGAUGAGAAGUACUUAGUCUAUAGCGCACGACUGGCCUCCAGAUCUUUUUGUUAUUGGUAGAAAAAUAACUAUCUAUACUUUGAGCCCCCAUUGUCUAAUUAGUUUUAAAUUUUAGUUUAGUUUAACUACCCGAAUAAAGGAAAUAUUUGAUUUAUUCUUUUUGGUAUGACUUGGCAACAUUUUUCUUGUGUUUCUCAUUAGUUAUUUUUUGUUAAAUGAAUCUUAAUAUUUAAGGUCACUGUUUUCUUUCAUACUUGUUUUACGAUUCAUUUAUUUUGAAAUGCAUUUGUGACUUGAACAACUUCACCAAAUGAGUAUCUUUUGGUAGUUUGUAAUGAGUUUUCCAGAUAUUGACACUUCCCCCGAUAUUUGUAAUAAAUAUGUAUUCUGCCAAUCAUAAUUUUAUAUAAUAAAUCAUCAUCUUUUAUAAUA